AUGUCUAACACCUCAAAAGUAUAUCCAAUAGAGCAUUCGUCGCAUAUUGACGUGCCCGCGGAGGAAUGUGCUCCUGAAUCAGAAGAGCGUUACGCCAGGCUCAAGGAGUGGUCGCAUGCGAAACUGUCGAAAUUUCGUGCGGUCUCAGCGGAGAAUCGAUGCACUAUAGCUCUGAUACUGUUUGCGGCGAUCAUAUCGAUCAUAGCGAUCUGUAUUGUGAUCAUCGCGUUGAUCGCUGGAUGUUAUACGACUGGCACGCAGAUUGUGCAGCCGAUUUUUGUGUAUAUGGAAUGCGGGGGUGGUGGUGGAUGCGGGGGUGGUGGGGAAUGCGGGGGUGGUGGUGAGUGCGGGGGUGGUGGUGAGUGCGGGGUGGUGGUGAGUGCGGGGUGGUGGUGA